AUGGAUAGCUCUGACGACGUCUGUAGCGCGUCCGGCAAACCUCAAACGAAUCGAGCCCCCGGAGAUGACACGACAGGGCAUGAUAUCAACAAUUCCAACUUGUCCUCAUGCGAACUCUCGUCAUCCCAGGUAGCUACACUCACGCAGCGUAUCCUACAUUUUCUGUCGACCGCUGGGAAUGACACUCUUCUGGCUGUUUUUGCUGCUUUAGCUGUUGCGACAUUUGUCAUCUUAGGGAGACUCGGGUUGCUGCUCAUCGGCCUAGUUGCAGGUGUUAUCCUCCACGCCCACUGGGACGGUGCUGAAGAUGAUUUGCGAAAUGGUGGAUUGGAUACUAGUCAUCACAGAAGGAGGCGGGAGCUAGGUAUAGAGGUGGCCAACAGGCUACUUGAAUGGCAGUCGCAGAGAACUACUGAAGACGGAGCCCAUGGCCAAAGAUCUGUUGUCACCAAGGCGGAAUCGAUGCAUGAUACUGAACUCUCUUUUUCUAGCUUUGGUCCUGCCACAGCGGCUGCUCUUACUGCGUUGACCGAUGCAAUCAUCAAGGACUACGUGACUUACUGGUAUGCACCGAUCUUGCCGUUAGAAGAGACCUUCCCUCUCUCUUGUCGGAAGAUAUUAGUUAACUUCAUCACCUCCUUGUCCUCACAUCUCACCCGCAAACGGCCUGCAGAUACCUUCCUUCAAUUCGUCACGAAUUCCUCUUCGAUGAUCAUUGCUACGAACUCUGAUUCGUCAACACCCGAAGAAGCUGUGAGGAAAUAUCUAGCACAAUUCCCCGAGAGUAGCCUAGCAAAUGUCUUGGCUGUCGAGCAACAACAGAAGAAGCUUAAGAUGGUGGCAGACGACAUUCUUUCUAAAUUCCUUGACCGCACAGCGUACGAGUGUGAGGUGGUCAGGAAUUUUCUUCGGGAGAUUUUUGCGGGCCUUGUCUUGGAAUCGGUUAUAAAGAGCUGUUCACAGCCCGACUUCAUCAACAAUUGGAUCAUAUAUCUACUUCAAGAAGGUGAACCGGAGAUAAUGAACGCAAUUGAUGCUGGUCUUGAACAUACUCGUAAGGACGAGUCUGUCAUUGAUCCGUCUUCUGAUAACCUUGGUGCCUCAUCACAUACCUGUUCUGGGAACCCUCCCUCUGGGAUACGCCCUGAGAACAGCUCUGAAAGCCUACCGUCUCAGGAAGGGAAUGGACUGAAGUCCUCAAAAGCGGAACCAACGCAUCUGAAAGGGGCGAUGUCUGGUGAAGAGGUGUUGCAGAGGGUGCCUCAGAUGAUGGAUACUGGAAACCGUGCUGCGAAUGGGAGCUCUGUUUCCAGUACGACUACGGAAGGAAUGACGACCCCGACCUCGUCGGAAGGUGAAAAACCCGAAGAAGAUAGUGAAGAAAGAACCCAAAAUUUACAAUUUCACGAGAAUUUAGAGUCGCGAGGCGACCAGCGAAGUUCCACAGAGGUAAAAAAAACCGAUUAUGUUCAGCAGCUGUCAUGUCAGGCACCAGGAACAUUACCUCCUCCACACACUGCUAUGCUGGGAUCGGAGCCCGCAUCGCCUCCAACUCUCUAUGGUGCUUCGGUAUUGAUAGAUGAUGGCUCUGAACCUGGGGACAAGGCGGUUAUUCGGUCAAAGCCUUCAAACUAUUACUCAUUGCAGAUCGAACCUGCCUCAUCACGUCAACCAGGUUGGAUAAUUUUCAGGAAAUAUGCGGACUUCGAAUUUCUGCACGAAGGGCUAGCGGCAAUUUCAAGAAUGAAUGGUAUCUAUUCUUUCUCAGAAAAGCAUCCUACUUUGCCAACAUGGAAAGGACAGACGAAACAAGCAUUGGCACGGAACCUUGAAAGCUACCUUCGCGAUGCACUUCGGCAUGAGCGUCUUGCAGAAUUCGAGCGUAUGAGACGCUUUCUUGAAAAAGACAGGGAUCUGAGCAUAACUUCUUCGUCGGUAUCUGCCAAACCUGGGUUCUCCUUUCCUCGCCAGAGCACAUUUGAGAACAUGGGAAAAGGCGUUUUAGAGGUCUUAUCCAAUGCUCCAAAAGGUGUAGCCGGAGGUGGUAAAGCUGUCUUGGAAGGAGUGACGGGGGUAUUUGGAAGUGUGGGUACAACCAAAAAGGCCCAUGACAUGACCACAGGGCAAGCGAAGGCUCCCCAAUCAAUGAAAAGAACGAGUGCAAGCAGUUUAACGGCUAUGGAUAACCGACAGCACAAGGAACGCAAAGAUUCAGGACGUUCUGCGUCAUUGGAUUUGGACAGCCAAAUGAAAGAGGCCACCAAAAUCCCGGAACAGCCAGGUAAAGGAGAAGGCGGUGCUCCUCAUGAUAUUUUGUUAACCCCUUCAUCAGCCCAAAUAGAACCUCGAGUGAUGCCUGCAUCAAAUGCACGUGGUACGGGCCUGUCAACCGGUAGUAGAGAGGUAGAUCUGCGGGAUUCAGGUCUUCCCCCUCAUCAAGGUUCUGUUACAGAAGAAAGUGCGGAUCAAAACACAACACCUUGUCCAAAUGACGACCAUACCCAAAGGCAGCCCGAACCUGUGCAUCCCGGUUCUCCUUCGCGGCCGGAGGCGAGAUCAGCGUCUCCCAAAACAACCCGCCGAGAGAAUUGUGGCAGCCCGAUCACUGAGGAUGAGACUCGAAUUGCGGUUGAGCUGAUCUUUGCUGUCAUCAAUGAACUGUAUACCUUGUCUUCUGCUUGGAAUAUCCGAAAGACUCUUCUGAACGCGGCAAAAUCAUAUAUUUUGCGGCCGGGGAAUCCCAAUCUUGAAGCGAUCCGUACCUUGCUACAGGAGUCGAUGAUUGAUGCUCAGACAUCAGACGAGGCGUUGGCAGCUUAUAUUACAAAGCUUCGAGAAAACUCCCUCCCCACCCAAGAAGAGAUGAGCCGGUGGCCUCCUCCCCUGAGCAGUGAUGAGAAGGAGAGACUGAGGGCUAAUGCCCGGAAGCUGCUUAUCCAAAGAGGAAUGCCCCAGGCUCUGAUGAGUAUAAUGGGGGCUGCUGCAACUGGUGAGGCGCUUGGAAAGGUUUUCGACUGUCUUCAGAUCGAGGAAAUUAGUCGGGGAUUUAUAUUUGCCCUUGUGUUACAGGCUCUCAGAGCGGCCAUUCUCUGA